AUGAACGCACAGAUAACCUUUCUUGAUGAAACCUUGAGACUGAUCCACGUACCUCUGAGCCUCUACUCGAGCUUCCUCCAGCCAAUCCUCAAUGUGCUUCUCCCGAAGAGCCAGGGUGCCAGUGGAAGUGCCCAGCAACCCGAGCUCGAGAGCUCGACACUUGGCAACCAACAUGGCUUCCUAAACAUUAGCGUCACUCCAAUCGAGUGUUCGAUUGUGUGCCACAGCGCCUGGGCCAAGAGUGUCUUUGAGCCGGCCAUCAAGAAGUUGCCCAAGGAGCUCUCCAAGACGGUCUCGAUUUCCAAGGACUCGUAUGCCGUCAUCUCGGUCAUCAGCGCCGGCAUGGAUGCUGGCUCGAGGGUGGUCGACCUGACCUCGCCUCUCGCACUGGCCGGCAUCCCCAUCUUCUUCAUAACGACGUACUACUCCGACUUCAUCCUGGUGCCGACCAAGGACCGGCAGAGCGUCGUCCAGGCCCUCUUAGCCCGGGGCUUCGUCUUCUCCGAGGAUGAGUCUUCGUUCAAGCCCGCCAUUUCCCCAGCCCAUAGCCGGGGGACGAGCCACAGCAGUGAGCCGCCGUCGACGCCGCCGCCGUCGAGUGUCGGCGAGUUGCAAACCCGAACGUUUGCGCUGCUCAAGAAGCGGAACGUGGUGCCGUACAUAGACCCCGAUCUGCAGCUGAUACACUGCUCGGGCCGGGAGAAAUCCUCCUUCAGGGGCUAUUCGGACCGGCCCUCGAUGGCCAGAACCCAGACCAACGGAAACCGCCGAAGCUGGUUCGACACGUUGGACACGAAGCUGUACCUCAGCAUCGUCUCGGCGCUGGCGUCUCAGCCGCGGUUCCUGUCCAUCACCCUGGCCGAGGACGACCCGCCUUCGCUGCUCCUGGACAAGUCCCUGCUGGGCGUCUUUGGGGAUUCCCUGGUAGGCCCUACCGAAGGCACGCUGGUCCCCAUCUUUCUCGAUCUCGACAAUCUGCCCUUCGAGGCCACUGGGAUCGUUUCCGGCGUCGCUGGAAAACUGGUGCAGGAGAUGCACAUGAUGGAGAGCGCCGAGCUGUCGUACCUCUCGACUGCGCGCGCUGGCGCCGUCAUUCUCUCCGCCGAGCAGUCGGUGAAAGCACUGGCCAUCUUGACGCCCCUGCUGACCAAGGAGGAGCAGUGA